AUGUUUCACAAGAAGAGGAAGACGAUGAUCCUCCAAGUGUUGUAUGUCCUUCUGCCUCUUUUAGAUGUGUUGUCGUACGCGGAGGAGAACGUGCGAGCUGGGGCCACCCGGCUGGACUGCGUGAGGGCCAGCGAGCAGUGCCUGAAGGAGCAGGCGUGCAGCACCAAGUACCGCACGAUGAGGCAGUGCGUGGCCGGCGGCAAGGAGAGCAACUUCAGCAUGGUGGCCGGCAUGGAGGCCAAGGACGAGUGCCGGAGCGCCAUGGACGCGCUCAAACAGAGCCCGCUGUACAACUGCCGGUGUAAAAGGGGCAUGAAGAAGGAGAAGAACUGCCUGCGCAUUUACUGGGGGAUCUAUCAGACGUUACAAGGGAAUGACUUCUUGGAGGAUUCUCCGUACGAACCCGUGAACAGCCGUCUAUCUGACAUUUUCCGCCUGGCUCCCAUCAUAGAGGGUGGGGAACCUUGGAGCGUCUCGGACACUUCGGCUCCAGGCAGGGGGGGCGCCCAGGGCAGAGAGCCCGCUCUGGGCCGAGGGAGCCCCUCCUCCACGGAACUUCAGGAUCCCAGUAGAAACAGGAGAGCUCAUCCCAAUUGGGCCAUACUGGGUGAGCCUGCAGUAGCCAGAGAGAACAACUGUCUGAAUGCUGCCAAGGCCUGCAACCUGAACGACACGUGUAAGAAGUACCGUUCGGCUUACAUCAGCCCUUGCACCAGCCGCGUCUCCACCGCCGAAGUCUGCAACAAGAGGAAGUGCCACAAGGCCCUGCGGCAGUUCUUUGACAAGGUUCCUCCGAAGCACAGCUACGGCAUGCUGUACUGCUCAUGCCCGAUUAGCGACCAGACAGCAUGUUCUGAACGCAGGCGUCAGACCAUCGUCCCCGUCUGCUCGUACGAAGAAAAACAGAAACCCAACUGUCUCGAACUGCAGGCCUCUUGCAGAACCAACUACAUCUGCAGGUCACGACUGGCUGACUUCUUUGUCAACUGCCAGCCGGAGCCUCGCUCGCUGUCGGGCUGUCUGAAGGAGAACUACGCAGACUGCCUCCUCUCAUACUCCGGUCUGAUUGGUACCGUGAUGACUCCCAACUACCUGCGCUCACCCAAGAUCAGCGUCUCACCCUACUGCGACUGCAGCAACAGUGGCAACAACAAGGACGAGUGUGACAAGUUCACCGAGUUUUUCACCGAGAACACCUGCCUCCGUAACGCCAUCCAGGCCUUUGGGAACGGGACGGAUGUGGGAGUGUGGCAGCCGAUGUCCCCUGUCCAGACCACCACCUCCACCACCACGCCCUACCAGAGGAACCGCGAACGCAACCCCAACACCAUCGACAACAAUAUCAACACAGACCCCGGCAUCUACCACUUCUGUGGCAGCCUACAGGCUCAGAAACUGAAGUCAAACUCAACUGUUGAUGGUGUCUUCUGCGUGGACCCUCAGAUAGACGAUCCAAGUACAUCCAAUGCCAUCGCGAGAAACUCCGCUGUCUCCAGACGGUCCGCUGCUCUGGCCUCUCUGCUGCCCCCGCUGCUCUGGCUGUGCUACUGCAGCCUGCUGGCGCUCUCCUCGCCCGGCUUCUUGUAG